CUCCAGAUCUAUUACUUACAGGGCUAAUAUUGUUUCCGAUGUUGUGACACAUGUUGACAGGCUUUCCAGUUUUCUUUAUAUUUUGAUAUAUAAGGGUAAAACAAGAACUGGUCUGAUUUUUCUGGUACAUAAAAUCAGAGUACCAUAAUGUCAUCAGAAAAUACCAUUGUCUCCAAACCUUUAUAUCGAGACAUCAAUGCAGAUGAUGAUGAUCCAGAGGUUAUGGAGCUUGAGAGUUACUGUGUGAAUUGUGAACAAAAUGGGAAGACCCGCCUGUUCCUGACAAAGAUUCCAUUCUUUAAGGAGGUGGUUGUCUCCUCUUUUACAUGUGAUAACUGUGGUCUCCAUAACACAGGGCUGCAACCAGGGGGCAAAAUUCAGGAGAAAGGAGUCAAAUAUGUCUGCAAAAUUAACGAUGCUAAAGAUUUAAACAGGCAAAUAGUGCAGACUGAUAAUGCCACUGUGUUGAUUCCCAAACUUGAGUUUGAAGUUCCACCAAAUAAAGGAACAUUGACCACUGUGGAGGGUGUAAUACAGGCCGCAAUUGAGGGUCUGUCUCACGACCAACCAGUCCGCAAAAUCCAGAAUCCUGAAGUUGCCACUCAGAUUGAAGCCUUCAUUGAAAAACUAAAUGCCCUAAAAGAGCUGAAAGAACCCUUUGAAAUCAUUUUAGAUGAUCCAAGUGGGAAUAGUUUUAUGGAGAAUCCAUAUGCACCUAACGUAGACAAGGACAUGACGAUCCAUUAUUACGUACGGUCCAGAGAACAAGACGAACAGCUGGGUCUGCUGGAGCAAGAAGAAGCCAAACAAAGCUCAGGAAUAGAAGAAGUCAAGGAGAAUAAAGGGGACAAAGAAAAGAAAAAAGAGGAGUUCUUUGAUGGAAAGUCUGAGGUGGCCACCUUUAGAACUAAUUGUCCAAACUGCCAUGUGCCAUGUGAUACAAAUAUGAAAUUAGUUGAUAUCCCACAUUUUAAAGAAGUUGUGAUCAUGGCCACAGUCUGUGAUGCAUGUGGCCACAAGGAUAAUGAGGUAAAGGGAGGAUCAGGAAUCGAACCAAAGGGGACCAAAAUCACCCUCAAAAUCACGGACACCUCCGAUAUGUCCAGAGAUGUCCUAAAGAGUGACACAGCUUCUAUGGCUAUCCCAGAGCUGGAUUUCUGUGCUGAAAUGGGGACCCUGGGAGGGAGGUUCACAACCUUGGAGGGGCUGUUAGAGGGCAUCAAAGAACAGCUGAGUGAUUCCAACCCAUUCUUCAAGGGAGACAGCAGUGAUAAAGAAAGGGCCAGUAAAAUCGAGAUAUUCUGCCAGGAAGUGCAAAAGAUCAUAUCUGGAGAGCGACAAGGAGACCAUUUUAUUCUGGAUGACCCUGCUGGGAACAGCUACCUACAGAAUGUGUACGCCCCAGACCCCGAUCCAGAAAUGACUAUUGAACAGUACGAGAGGACUUAUGAACAGAACGAAGAUUUGGGACUGAACGACAUGAAAACUGAAAAUUACGAGACUUCAUGACCUUUGCACACUUUGCGCCAACAAAAGAACAUAAAACCAGGGCCUCUGUGUCAUUUCAACAGUAAAAAUAUUCGUUGUUCACAUCAGAGGAUGCUACAAACAAAUAAAAUAAGCUGAAUAACUGCAAUGAAAGUUCACAAAACAGCAGGGGGGGGGGGGUUUGGAGUUUUGUUUUUUUUUAACCAUUCUUGAUUGAAAGUGCAAGUUUGAUUUGCACAAAGUACAUUCACAAUUGUUUAUUAUGGUUAGUGUAAAAUCAUUUUUUAGAAGCUUUGUAAUUAUGUGUUUAUCAUCAGUACAUGGAUUUUGUCUCUGUCUCCAGAGAGUAAUGAUGCCAUUACAAUAGAAUAAACAUACACUGUAUUCAGAA